CCAGUCGGCCGCCAGCCACAGCGCCCCGAGCGCAGCCCCGCUCGCCGCCGCGAACCGAGCCGCGCUGUCCCAGUGUUGCGAUGAAGCAACACGAAAUCACCAUAAAAAAAUCGUAUAAUGCUAAAACUACCCAAGGGUCUUAAAAAGAAGAAAAAGGGAAAGAAAUCUAAACGCAAAGGUGAAGAAGAACUUUUCACAGAAGAGGAACUAGAAAAGUAUAGAAGAGAGCAUCAACAGCAAAACGCUGAAAACGGAGAAGGCACUGCCAAAGAAAAUGAAGAGUGGUCUAAAUUUAAAGAUUUAACCACUGGUGUUGAUACUGUAUUGAAGAAAACCCAAGGCGAUCUAGAUCGUAUCAAGUCGACCUCAUUUUUUCAACGCAUACCGCCAAAACAGGUUGAACCUGAAAAAAAGGAAACUCCACAAAGACCAGUAGUCGAAGUUACUGAAGCAGACUUUCCACAGCUCGUACAGGCUCAGGCAGAGACUGAAGACGGCGAUAAGAGUGAAUACGGCGUCACCGACGACGAGUCUGAUGAAGAAGAACAAGACGACAUCUUCGACACCUCCUACGUGGAAGCUGUUGAGCGAGGAGAAGUGAAGCUUGCCUAUGUUCCCGACUCGCCGGAUGAAUUUCGAGAUGACGAUAUAUUCGACACGUCUCAUGUUGACGCCUUAAUAAAAGGACAAGAAGUCAAAACCUCCAAAGGAAAAAAGGCACUUGAUAUUGGAAUAGCUGUUGGUGUUCUUACUGGCAGAAUAGAUAAUGUAACAGUUACCAGUAAGCGCCCUAAAAGAGUGAUUCCAGGGGACCUAUUACUAGAAAGUACUGAAAAUUACGACGGCAGACCAGUCGAGACGACUGUUUCAAGUGAGCCAGUCGAGAAAAGUAUAUUGGACAUUGAUGCAGAUAUUCCGAUAACAACACCCAUUGAUUUAAGUGUAUCUCUACAUACAGCGUUACUUCAGCAAAACAAUCAAGGCGAGCAAGAAACAGCACCUACAAAAGAGACUUCUACAAUAUCUGACAGACCGUCAGUAGAUGAAGAAAUUGAUGAAUUUACUCUACUUGCUGCAAAAUCACUCGAGACCGGUUCAGAAAUUCCAAAAUUAGCAGACACAGAAAUCAAAGCAGAACCUGUUUUACAAGAAUCGUGGUCAGCUUUUGAAGCUGAUAAAAAUGAAUUCGUUUUUGCAGAAAGCAUCGUCGAAGAUCAGAUUGAUGUCGUAGAUCCCUAUUUAGAUCAAGACGAUCCAUUCGAUACGAGUUUUGCAGAUGCUGUGAUACCUGUGACCCAAUUUCAAAUAAAUAAAGAGGCAGCUAUUCUCGAAGACGAUGACGAUUUUGAUCCUCGUUCUGAGGAAGUUUGUGUAAGAUUAAACAAUAGAAGAAAAUCUUCAGUACGUAUUCAUUUGACUGAUCCUUCCGGUAUUCGGGAAUCUAUUACGUCUGACGACAUAAUUGAUAAAGAAGAAACUCAAGCGGUGCGUGAUUUACUGAGUGGUAGUGCUACAGACUUAACUCAAUUAGGAGACUCUCCUUUAGAUCCGGUGGAUGUGAAUAAUUGUGACAUUGACCCAUUCGAUACGACUAUUGUUGAUAGGAUAGUUGCACCUGGUAAAGUAGAAUUAAAGCUUUUGGAACAAGAAUUAAUUACUUCAACCUCUACCCCAAUUUACAGGGUACCAAGUGAUCCUGAUUUUGAUCCCAGAGCGGACGAGCCGAAGAAAACCGAACGCAGAGCAUCUCGCCCUGAAAAUCUUACUGUUAGCAAAAGUGUUGUAUUUAACGUUAAUGCAGAAGAAUCUCUUGACUUGGAUGCCAAAGCUAAGUCAACAAAACCGGUCACACCCUACUACACUCGGGAACUUUCAAUAACUGAGGACGCCAACGAAGAAGCGGAAGCAGCUGACACUGUGUCAGAUAUCUUAACACGCACGCGGUCUGAUGAGGACUUAGCUCCGAAAGCGGACUAUCAAAAUAAGAGAAGGCAUUCUGAAUACUCGCGAACAAGUAAUAUUAAAGUACAUGUGAAAGCGAGUGAUUUGUUGCAUAGUGCUCCAACUGAAAUCAAAGCUAAAGUAUUAACUCCAUCAGAACCCCAAAUAUCUUGUGCAGUACCUGACCCGUUUGAUACUUCGUUUGCGAGCAAUAUUGCACCUUGCAAAACCGAAUUAAAACUUCUUGCUAAAGAGUUUUCUUGUGAGGAUACCGAUAGUGUGGAAGCUGGCGAGCGCGAUCUAUUGGAUCCCUCGGACGACAUAUUUCAAGUGAAAGCUCUGACUCCAGAACCAUCGAACUCAAACAGAGUGGUGCCCGACACAGACUUCGACCCAUUCGAUACGUCAUUUGCAGGUGACUUAAACCCCGGAAAAACAGAGUUAAAUAUGAAUGAGCCCAGUGCUCCAGUUACUACAGAUGUUCUCAAUCCGUUUAUGAUGACAGAUGCGGAACCGGACUCUUUCUCUGGCGACAAUCCUUUCGCCACUAGCAAUCCUUUCUCAGAUUUCGGUAGUGGUUAUGAACCGCCAGCAGGAGAUACAGUGCCCGUUGAUAUUUUUGGAGGUGUAGAGCCAACUGGUAUAGGGGCGAAACAAUACGAAGGAUUUUCGGAAAACACCGCUGCCCCGAUGGAUAUAUUCUCCAGCAACUCAUUGGAAAACGAUCGCCUAACCAAGCCUACGGAACUUGAAUUAGUCUCCACCACAAUCGAUCAGUCAUUCAUGAACGACGAAGAAGUCCAAGGACCUCAAUUACCUGCCCGGCCGUUGCCACCUGAAACUCAGAAUUUAAUCUUAAGUGUCACUGGCCAGAUGGAAUUUACCAGUUCCCACCUCUUGGACCGUAUCCCUCCAACUCGCACUCCAAGCCCUGUGUCAGUACGAGACAUCCAUUCACCCAGCCCAACUCCAGAACCUGAGCCUGCUGAAGAGCCACCCACUGACAGUUUCGAUAUCAAUCGAAAUAAGCCAACGCGACCACCACCCGCGCGACCGCCGCCUGCUGGACGUCCGCCGCCGCCGCGGCCGCAGCCGCCGCGCCCGCCCACCGCGCCACCGGCCCCGCUUGUCGCGCCAACCGCUGACCAGCAUGCGGAUGAUAUUAACCUAUUCGAUGCACCUGUACCCGCUCCCAUUAAGCCUACGAAAGAGGCUAUUAUGAGUUUAUACUCGGCUCCAAAAAAAGAAGAAAAACAAAUCGAUUUCUUGAGUGAUGACAUUGUAGAUGAUAUUUCUAUUGAUGCAAGCCAAAGUACGCCGCAACCAUUAUUGGGCGAAAUACCAACGUCCGCUGUGACAGUGUCCGGCCAAACCGGAUUUGAGGCUGACGAGCCAGGCCCCGCAGGCAUGCUCACCGACCAACCUACAACAAUGAACUCGAUUCCAGAUACGAUGGCACCUAUGGAUUGUUCAGAGCCACAGUCGGAUGUAAACUCUGUCGAUUUUACAUCGCCGUUCGCUGGAGCUAUGAAAGAGGAAUUCACAAGUCAGCCGUCCACUGUAGAAAUCGAACGCAAUCCAUUCGAGACUGCUAUCGAACCAGUGGAUGAAACUGUCGCCUUUUCAGAUCCUGCUAUUGAUAAUAUAUUUGGAUCUAAGUCAGAUGACGUUGUUAUGUCAGGUGGCAAUGAUGUUUUUAAUAACGCUGAAACGGCAUCAAUAGGUGCACAGGGAGAGACGCACGCUGAUCUAUUCACAUCACCUCCGGUUGAAACGUUGGAUGAAACUUUGCACUCUCCUCCACGAUUCGACGUAGGAGCAGAAGACGCUUUUGAAGCGAGCGCGCCUUCGCCUUCAACGAAUGCUGGCUGGGGCACUACGUCCGACUCGGAAACAAUGCUACAUGAUGCUUUCCCCAGUAGCCAGGAUGCGUUUGACGCAUUCUCCGCUAAAUUUGAUGCCACUGGUGCCAAUAACUUAAACUCGGGAGCGUGGGGCGACGAUGGCGCGGCCGAGGCGGCGCCGGGCGGCUUCGAGGCGGAGGCCUUCGACCCCUUCCUGAGCAUGGGCGCGCCGCCGCCGCCCGCCGCCACGCCGCGCCUCGACCACCAGGGGUCCCGUGACUCUGCCGAUGACACCUUUUCCGUCUUCAUCCGGCCGAAGGAGAGCGAGGCGGGCGGCGCGCAGGCCGUGCCGGCGCUGGCGCCGCCGCCGCGGCCGCAGGCGCUGCCCGAGUCGCCGCGCGCCAACCCCUUCGAGGCCAGCGACGCCAGCGCCACGCCGCCGCCGCGCGCCGACAGCGCCGAGAGCCCGCCCACGCCGCUCUUCGACGACGACGUGUCGCAGCCGCUCGAGGACUUCCCGCGCACCAAGUACUCCGGCCCCGGCUGGGAGAUGCACCUGCGACAGCCCAACAAAAAGAAAAUUACCGGACAAAGGUUCUGGAAGAAGAUCUUCGUGCGCGUGGCGCUGGUGGGCGACAACCCGGUGGUGCAGCUGCUGAACGCGCCCAGCGACAAGGAGCCCUUCCAGGAGCUGCCGCUGCAGGCGUGCUACUCCGUGUCCGACAUCGGCGCGCAGCAGUUCGACCAGUUCGGCAAGAUCUUCACCGUCAAGCUGCAGUACGUCUUCUACAAGGAGCGCCCCGGCGUCAGGCCGGGGCAGGUGACGAAGGCCGAGCGCAUCACCAACAAGCUGUCGCAGUUCGCCGCGUACGCCAUCCAGGGCGACUACCAGGGCGUCAAGGAGUUCGGCAGCGACCUGCGCAAGCUCGGCCUGCCCGUCGAGCACGCGCCGCAGGUGUCACAGCUGUUCAAGCUGGGCUCGCUGUCGUACGAGGACGUGAAGCAGUUCAGCUGCUGCGUGGAGGAGGCGCUGUUCCGCCUGGGCGCGCACCGCGACCGCGCGCUCACCUACAAGAUGGAGGAGGUGCAGAUCACGGCGGUGGACGAGCUGUACGUGGAGCAGGACGCGGAGGGCUCGGUGCUGAAGCAGAUCGCUCGCGUGCGGCUGUUCUUCCUCGGCUUCCUGAGCGGCAUGCCGGACGUCGAGCUCGGCGUGAACGACCUGCGGCGCCAGGGCAAGGAGGUGGUGGGCCGCCACGACAUCAUCCCCGUCGUCACGGAGGAGUGGAUCCGCGUCGAGGACGCAGAGUUCCACGCCUGCGUGCAGCCGCAGGAGUUCGCGAACACGCAGAUCAUCAAGUUCAAGCCGCCGGACGCGUGCUACAUCGAGCUGAUGCGGUUCCGCGUGCGACCGCCCAAGAACCGCGAGCUGCCGCUGCAGCUGAAGGCGGUGUGGUGCGUCACCGGCAACAAGGUGGAGCUGCGCGCCGACGCGCUGGUGCCGGGCUUCGCGUCGCGCAAGCUGGGCCAGGUGCCGUGCGAGGACGUGGCCAUCCGCUUCCCCAUCCCUGACUGCUGGAUCUACCUGUUCCGCGUCGAGAAGCACUUCCGCUACGGCUCCGUCAAGUCUGCUCACAGACGCACGGGCAAGAUCAAGGGCAUCGAGCGCUUCCUGGGCGCCGUGGACACGCUGCAGGAGUCGCUCAUCGAGGUGACGUCCGGCCAGGCCAAGUACGAGCACCAGCACCGCGCCAUCGUGUGGCGCAUGCCGCGCCUGCCCAAGGAGGGACAGGGCGCGUACACGACGCACAACCUGGUGUGCCGCAUGGCGCUGACGUCGUACGACCAGGUGCCGGCCGAGCUGGCGAGCCACGCGCACGUGGAGUUCACCAUGCCGGCCACGCAGGUGUCGCACAUGACGGUGCGCUCCGUGUCGCUGCAGCAGCACGACGCCGACCCCCCCGAGAAGUACGUGCGCUACCUCGCGCGCCACGAGUACAUCGUGGGCAUCGAGCGCACGUCGGGGCAGGCGGCGCCGGCGUACGCGCUGGCGACGGCGGGCCGCCACGCCGAGCCCGCGCCCCCCGCGCCUCCCGCGCCCGCGCUGCCGCAGCCGCCCUCCUCCGACUCCGACUCCGACUAGGCCGCACACGAGUGAUGGCCACUCUCCGCUCCAGGACUUGCGGAAUCUAAAAGUAUCAUUGAAGUGUCCGGACACACAAGUCUUGGCACUAUGUUACCGUGCAGUUCACUGCGGGAUCACAUAGCCGGGAUCGGACACGAUUCUAUCAUUGCAUUAAAAUGUAUUUAAGAAAUUUCUGAAAUUUAAAGAUAUCAUCGUACAUUCCAUUUAUCGUUAGAAGCUCUAAGGUAUAAGAUUCAUAUCUAAACUGUAUAUAAUGUGAUAAAAGUUAAGAUAAGGGUCGUGAACGACAGCGGACGUUGCCCACCGACUACGACCGAGUGUUCAGCUCGCUGUUGCCCGCCGUCGUAUUGUUUCAAUAAUACAACAAUAUACAGACCUUAACCAGUUAAUGUAUAAAAAUUAAUGCUAUAUUGUAAUAUAUGUUUGCGGUAGGAAGUGGCGGUAUUUACAGGAGCAUGUAAACACAGUAGUUAGUUGUUACGCUGUUAAACAUUAUGUAUACUCUCGCGCUGUCGACUUCGCUGCUCUCUAGUGGAACUUAGCUGAUAAUGUUCAUGAGUAUCCCGUAUCGUGUUGUACUCGCCCGCACAUACUCACUAGAGCAAUGUAUAAAGUUCACUAUGAAUAACUGCUAGUCGCGUUGUACACAAAUAUAUAUUAUAUUAUUAUACGAUAUAAAUGGAUAUAAUAGAAGGUGUUCUAGCGCUGUUUGAGAAGUGUUCGAGUACUUAGUACCUGCCGACCUACAUCGCGGACCCUAUGUUCUGUUGUGAAUAAAGUUUAAAUAUGAGCAUAA